GUUUCCGCUCCGGGGCGUGUCCUAUAAACCGAGAGUUUGCCGCGUGCUCUCUGCCGCCGUGUGAACACUAAACAUUUCUCAUGUUUUCUUAUUUGGCUGACGGAUAAUAUCACCACGAAAUGGAGGCGUUCAGCCAAAUAAUGCUGGAUUACCCCGAGUUAAUGUACGGAGGAGUUGGAGUUACGGCGUUUGCCGCCGGUGGAGCGCUGAUAUAUAAAAUCGCUACCAGAAAGAAGCCAACCCAUGCAAGUGUGAACUGCUGGUUCUGUAAUGAGACCACAGUGGUGCCCUACGGCAACAAAAACUGCUGGGACUGUCCCAGCUGUGACCAGUACAAUGGCUUCCAGGAGAAUGGAGAUUACAACAAAUCCAUACCAGCUCAGCACAAGGCAGAUCUAAACUAUGCAGUAUCUGGAAGCAUUCACUCCCCUGAGACACUCAAGACACAGCAGUAUGUCAACUGUCAGAUGCUGUUGUGCAAGAAGUGCAAUAACAACCAGUCUUUAAAGAUCAAGCAGUUGGCGUCGUUUAUCCCGAGGGAUGAUGAAAACUAUGAUGAAGAAAUUGAAGCCUACAAGCACCACCUGGAGCAGACCUAUAAGUUAUGCCGGCCAUGUCAGACUGCAGUGGAGUACUACAUUAAAUAUCAAAACCGCCAGCUACGUACAGUGCUCCUGAACCAUCAGCUUCGACACUCCCGAGACACCGUCAAGAGCUUUGAAAAGACCUCCUAUCCCCCAUCUUCUCCCAUGGGAGUCACACUGUUACGGGCUCUUGCCUUCCUGCUCUGUGCUUUCCUAAUCGCCACAUCUUUCUGGGAAUUUCCAGACCAGCUUCUUUCACCUACUGCCCCACAGACAUUAAGUGGUGGUGUCACUCCAAAACCCGUAAAUGAAUCCACCACCAAAAAUGAGAGCACUGGAGACCCAACUGUUUGGCAGGGUCUCCUGGAGCUGAUCCCAAACUCCACCAUAGAAGAUGCCAAGCUGGUGUGGCAACAUGGAAGGGAAAACCAGCUGGCUGUGGUCUCUGUUGGCCUAUUGACUUGCCUCACGUCUAUCUUCUUAGCAGGACCUGCAAGGCUGAGGAGAAUCGAUGCUGUGGCCUCUGUCCUAUGGUUCCUCCUCCUGUGCGUCUACCUGGCUGAGAGCUACUUGUCUGAUGUCUCGACCUGGACGGACAUGGCAAAGCACUGUAUCAUCUCUGUCUGUUGCCUUGUCAGCUUUGCUGCUGCUGUGACAACUCGCAAACCACAGGGUCUACGAAGAGGCAAAUAUCGAAGGUCAGAAUCUGAGCAGUAAUCUUCAAAUUUUGUUUGAAACAAGGGAUUGUGUAAAUCUUCCUCUUUCUGGGAGACAUUUUUGUUCAUUAGUGAAUGACAAACUCAAUACAUAGGACCUAGUAUGUGUGUGUGGUCGAUGAUUGGAAAAUAUGACUGGUAUAACUUGCUUAAUGACAUCAAAACCUCGUCUUUAAGCAGACAUGCACCACAAAGUACACUCAAAUGUGUUUUUAAGGGGAAAUUGUGCCACACAUUUAAUGUAUUCAUCUAAUUAUGUGCAUUUCAAAUAUCUUAUGAAUACAACAAAUUUUAGAUGGACCGACCUUCAGAGAGGAAAGAAAUGCAUUUAAAUAUUCAAUUUUAAAAAGCGGUAGAGAAGGAUUUUAGCAUUCAAGUACCUGACUAGCAAUAACUUACUAUAUGACUACUAUAAGGUUAAAACAGCAUUUGAUCUAGUGUAACUGUGGGAUGAAAAUGAUUCUCUAACUUAAGCUUCAGCUCGUUGCAUGAAAUACUAAUCUAUUUGUGAUGACCCUGCAGGUCAUACUCAAGGUUUGAUAUUUGAAUAAUCACUUACCUCCUUUAUUGCUUCACAUCAAACAUUUCUGAGAAAAUAAUGGCCUUGUGUUUAUCACUACUACUCCUUAAACCUUCACUUAUUUAUGGCAGACAUGCACCAUUAGUGAUGAAGGAACGAUCAGCUCUCAAGGCAGAGCCUGGAAUUUUUAAGUGGAUGUGCGGUUGUGUGAGGUGGCUGCCACUGCAUUUUCUUUAGAAGCGAUGAGGAAUAUUAACACAUGGUAGUUCAAAACCUGGUAUAAGUGCCACUUUAGAUCAUUUGAAAAAAGAUGACUAGUUCAUCAAUGUUGUUGAACUACUGUAAUAGUUCUAACGUUUCGCUGAUUGGCGCUGAUCUCUGUCACGUUAUUAGCCCCCCCCGCUUUGAAAUGAUGGAUCACCUUGUAACCUCUAAGCAAUUAAUGCCAGCAUAGUAUUUCUGUUUUGUAUACAGCACUUACAUUCAGGUUAGUUUUAUUUACAUAGGCCAAUAUCACAAAUUUGCCUCAGAGGAACUAUAAUCCUGUAUAAAACACCCUCUCUCCCUAGACACUCAAAUCAGACAUAACUGUUUUGGGUUCUCUCUGCUUGGGGUUAUCAUCCCAGCAGUAGUUACUGACUGAAGUUUUAUAUCAGUUCUUGAAGAUGCAAAAAUGUAUGAAGUGCUCGACUCUGCAAUUGUAUACGGUCAUUGACAGGAAACUUUCCAAGUGUCAUGCAAAACCUGAAGCUAGUGCUAUGAGAGUAAAGACUGGGCUGCACUGGUUGCGUGAGCAGCAUUGAAAGUCAAACUUCUCAUUGUGGUACAGGUUUUAUCAUGUUGGAGCAGCCACACUGCCGACAUGAGACGUGUUGAGAGAGUCUGGUCUCGUUUUCUUUCUCCACAAACCACGUAGAGCUCGGUUUAAUUUUUUUUUCUAGGACUCAAAUCGAUCUUCAUUUUAAAGAUCCAUCCGAUAUCGAUUCAUAAAAAGGAGGAAUCAAUCUUUUAAUAAAUGCCUUUUUCCAUGAUUGUACCCAUUUUAAAUAAGAACAGGGAGUCAGAAACAGAGUAUAGACUGUGCCGUCCUUUGUCCUCCCUCCACAUUAUGUCACCUGCGCAAACCAACACACAUCACAAGUUAUUGGGACCUGAUCGGAUCAUGAAUCAUCUUCCCGGUCACUUAAACACGGAUGUCCCGAUUUUGCAUGUCGUGUGUAGCAGGUGAACUGUACGUACACAUGUUUUUAAAUACGUGUCUUAUAAACUCUAAAGUGACUCAACAAAAACAAAGUAAACGUCAAUACUUUUUAGGUCCUAAUAAAAUGUGAUUAGUUUUCUUUUUUUCUUAAAGUCUAAAUUGUAGUCAUUGGAGGGAUGACAUUAAGACAGGAAACUUUGAAAUGGUAAAAGACGACCGGACCUAUUAAUGUGCGGCUGUCCUGAACCAGUGUUGGUUACAGUGCAGCGGCGGGACGUCGCUUAAAAAUGUACAUAGUGGAAAACUUUGAUAAAUUAUGUUCUGUCUCCGCAUCGCGAUGCAUCAGUAAAAAAUAUAAUAUAUGCAUCAUGAACAAAAAUACUUGCUAUACUUCCUGUACCUUUUUUUUAAGUAAAAGCAUAUUCACAUUAUAGAGUCUUAGCAUUAAGUUGAGUUCUAAGGCCUCCUUUUUUUCAAGGAAAUACAGUAUAUAUAUCCGAUCCUCACGUAGCAGCUAAUCAGCAGACACUUCCCCUCUGUAAACAAUAGACUGCAUGUGAGAUGCAGCAGAUCAGCGACAUAGCAUCACAGUGCGUCCUUGGUGUUCAAUGUUUUUGUGUGACUUGUUGUGUGAAGUAUUGUUUUAUUUUACGUGUGAAGUAUUUAUGUAAGAAACUCCACAGCAUUAGAAAGAGUUGCACAAGUGAGAAGUUGUCAUCUUUUAUUCGACUUGAGUAAACUGAUAAAUUCUGCUUUACCACUAGCAGCUAAAAAAUACUAAGUUUCAGUAGCACCUGCCUGUCACCUCACUUUAUCCCUUCCAUUAAUACUGAUUGAGUUGCAUGUGUUAACAUUUAACCUUGCCAAUGAAUUUCAAUUAACCUAAUUUUUUUUGUAUUAGAAUGUAGCAGGAUAUUUAUUUACCAGUACUGUGAAUAAGUAUUACAAACUAAUAGCUGUAGAGAGUGAACAUAGAUUGUAUUUGAUGGCUAUUGUGUGGGUUAAAUUGAAUGUUGUGUUGUGUUGUAGAUGGAUCUGUGUUCUCAAACUAGUGCCUCUGGUACUGUAGCCUUGAAGCUUUAAAUAGUGAAGUAUUGCAAAAUUUAAGACACUAUAGAUGCAGUUGUAGGUUUAUGAGGAUCGUAUUGAUUUGGUAAAAUUUAGGACUGAAGUUACCCAAAGAAUAAGAAUGUGACUGAAAUUGCUCCUGCUCUUCGUUUGGUUGCUUGAGGGGGAAAACAAAUUUGAUCGUCCAAUACACAAAUUGAAAUGCUAUAUAGUCUAUGACCCAAAGAAAUUGUUCAUUAUUGUAUCUUGUUAAUAUUUGCAUCGUGACAGAUUAUCAUCUAAAUCAAAAACACAUGCAUUUCUACACUAAUGUCGGCAAGAUAUCUGAAAGUAUAUGAACAAAGCCUGGUGAACUGUAGAGGAGUUGUGCUGUUUUAAUGGCCUGAAUACUGACAGUAGAAAGCUCAAUGGUCUGCACCUGGUGGUGUGUGUCAUAAUAUUGGUAUAUUUUUGUUUUUUGUGUAAGAAACAAUAUUUUGUAAUGUGUUAUCUUUGCCAAUGUUUCAAUGCCGUGUUGUACAAGCUCACUUACAAUCUCUAGUGUCCAUGUUUGUUGUACCAUGAUACAAGGAUGAGAAUAGGUGAGUGAACCCUGAGGCACAACUAGUUUUUGGGGAUUAAGUGAUCAUUAAAUGUGAUGUGAUCUUCAUCCAAGUCAGAAGUAUAGACAAACACAACUCGCUUCAUAGGUGAAGCGAGUGGCCUUUUCUGCAGAACUGCUUCAGCUCAACCAGAUUAGUGGAAUUAUGUCUGGUGUGAAUCACUCACUUGAUCACUUCACAGAAUCUCUAAUGGGGUGAUGCCUGGGCUUUGACUGGGCCAAUUCAGAAGGCCCCUUGAUAAACCGGGGAAUUGAUUUUUCCCCUCGAUGGUCUCAAGCUGUCCAAGCCCAGUGGCUGUCCAGGCCCUCUCCCUUCAUCCUACUUUACCUUUUGCAUGACUUGGAUGAAGAUAUGACCAUAUUGUAAGACAUAUAUCAAAUUAAUUUCCAAAAGCUCUUUUCUAGCCGCUGUAUUUAUAACGUGUAUAUAGCCAAAGUUUGUGGCUGAUUUUUUUUUUUUAGAGUUUCUGUAUCGACCUGAGGAAAUGACUGUAACCCCACACUAAGCAUUUUCCUCUGGAAGCACUAUGUUGUAGCUUUUAUGGUAUUCAAUUUCAAUAUCGCCAUGAACAUGUAUGAUGGCUAUAAAACUACCUUUUUACUGAUGUAAACCAUGAAUGUCUUUUUUAACCGUCCUGUAUUGUUCUAGAGAUCCAGUAGCUGAACUUUGAUCAUGGUUACGUUUUACCGAAGUGUUCAAAUUUGUGUGUGUUACAGAAACACUAAAAUAUUGAUAUGCCAACUUUUGGUACUUUUCAAGAUAAUGAAAGGUAGAGUAAGCAAUUGUUAAGAAUACACCAAACCCCCUUUAGUCCUCUUUCAGGGGGUCACCCCCAAAUUCAUGGUAACGAAUUGCUAUGGCAACAACAAAAUGGCGGAAUCCCGAGGCAAGAAAGUCGAUUGUUAUAAGUUUGUUCAUAUUGGUUUAACAGAACUGCAUUGACAGACAGGGUGAAUAUAGGUUUGUAGGUAAGCUAAUUAGGAAGCAAACUUUACAAACAUUGUACAGAGCUCCCCCACACAAAUCUACCAUCUUCUCUUCGCUUCUCGGUCCUGCGCAUGAGCAUGAACACCCCAUGUUGCUGACUGGCUGGAAUUUGGUUGUGUGGCUUUGUACAUGUUACAUUCACAGAAGGUGACAAUGUAGCAUGUGACAAAGUGUGUCGCACCAUAAUUGCUUACGCUACCUUAAAGCAAUACCUUGCAACUCCAACCUAUAGUACAAAUAAGCUAAAUGAAUAUAGAUAUGUCAGUUCGAUUAUUUACUAUGCAUGUAUGUAUACAUUCUAUUGCAUCCAUGGAAAUGAAGCUCCAUCCAUGUGGAAAGGCUUCCUGCAACAUACCCAAAUGAAACAAUGUUUUGGCUGCUUACAUGUUGAAGUGAGGUGACUUGCUUGUAUCGUUUGGUUCAAAUUUUAAUGCUUGCUGUAUAUGGAAAGUAAUAAAUACGUGAUGACUG